GAGUGGAGCGCGCGCCGGGGAGGGAGUUCAUUCCCCUACGCUACUCCAGUCUCCACCCAUAGCCUCACUAGCCCCGUUGUUCCAGCAACCGAUAUCCGGGAAGAUAGUCCAAGGAUUUUUUAGACAGUGGACAGUUUCGUUUUUUACUCUUGCAGUGACGGGCUCGCUCAUAUUUCGCCGUCUCUCGGUUUUUCUAUGUAGGCUAUCUCACGCUGUUUUUUGGAUUUCUUUUUUUGGAAUUACUUCCUGUUGUAAUUCUGCAUCGCAAGUUUUGUAGCCAGAGAGAUGUGACACUGACUGCAAAACGUAUGACAUUAUUACAGGGUUGUGGUACCUACAUACUACAUCCAUCCACUCACAGACUACCCAACCUUAAGAUAACGGACCACAAAUCCACAAUAGCUAGCCUAUUAUUAAGCUAUAGAAACUGUUUGAUGGAUGUAAGACUGCAUGGCUAUCACACAUCAUAAUCUGAAAUGUAUUCAUAAAAAUAAUAACGGGACAUCAAACUUCUAUCAGCCUGAAUUUCAUUCUUAACCUAAACUCCCAAAAGUGAUUGUCCAGCAGUGUCCCAUGUCCAAGGAGGACUAUAAGCUGUUUCAGCCGAAGCACGCGCUUUCUCUCUACCACCUUGUAGACUGACCUGGAUGUACGUUUUGACGUGGGCUUUAACGGAGACACCCAGGUGGCCGUUACACCCCCGGUGUCAACCCAGUCCUCCGCAGGACAGAGAGGGGCUAGGCGACAGCACUGAGCCCCGAGGCUCAGUGGGCGGUAUGAUGACUGACUUUCAGUCCCCCUCCACAGGCUGAGUGACACUUUGAUGCUGGACUUUUGUGGUUUUCAAAUAUGAUGAAAUGGCAGCCCCGGAAGAAGGCAUACUUCCGUCAGGGUGUGGCCCUGCAGUACCUUGGUCGCCAUGCCGACGCCCUGGCAGCGUUUGCCUCUGGUUUAGCGCAGGACCCCAAAAGUCUCCAACUACUGGUGGGCAUGGUUGAGGCUGCCAUGAAGUCCCCACUACGAGACUCUCUAGAACCCACCUACCAUCAGCUGCAGAGGAUGAAGCUGGACAAGAGUCCGUUCGUGGUGGUGUGUGUGAUUGGUCAGGAGCUGCUAACUGCUGGUUACCACGGCGCCUCUGUGGUGGUCCUGGAGGCGGGGCUAAAGAUUGGCACAUGCUCUCUGAAGCUCCGAGGUUCAGUGUUCUCUGCUCUUAGCUCAGCCAACUGGUCGCUAGGCAACGCAGAGAAGAGCACAGGAUACAUGCAGCAAGACCUGGAGGUCGCCAAGACGCUAGGUGACCAAUCAGGCGAGUGCCGAGCUCACGGGAACCUAGGCUCUGCCUACUUCUCCAAGGGCAACUACAGGGAGGCUUUGACCAAUCACAGACAUCAGCUGGUCCUCGCCAUGAAACUCAAGGACAGAGAGGCUGCGUCCGGUGCGCUGAGCAGCCUUGGCCAUGUGUACACAGCGAUAGCGGACUACCCUAACGCCCUGGCCAGCCAUAAGCAGUGUGUGCUGUUGGCACGGCAGACACAAUGCCCGCUGUCAGAGGCUCGCCAGCUGGGCAACAUGGGAGCUGUUUACACAGCACUGGGAGACUUCACCAAUGCUAUGCAGUGUCACCAGCAACACCUGGACAUAGCUAAGACCCUAGGUAACGGUCCUGAGGAGGCGCGGGCGUACAGUAACCUGGGCAGUGCCCACCACAGCCAGAGAGACUUUGACAAGGCUGUGUCCUACCACACCCUGGUGCUGCAGCUGGCUCAGGAGCUGAAGGACAGGACCAUACAGAUGAGGGCUUAUGCCGGCCUGGGACAUGCUGCUCGCUGCAUGCAGGACUUGGAGAGGGCAGGCCAGUACCACCAGCAGCAGCUGGACAUAGCAGAGGAGCUGCAGGACAGAGCUGCACAGGGACGAGCUUCAUCCAACCUGGGUAUAAUCCACCAGAUGAAGGGGGAGUACGAUGCAGCGUUGAAGCUCCACAAGGCCCACCUGUGUUUGGUCCAGGAGCUGGGGGACUAUGCUGCUCAGGGCAGGGCCUAUGGGAACAUGGGAAAUGCCUACAACGCUCUGAGGAUGUACGACCAAGCUGUACGCUACCACAGGCAAGAACUGCACAUAUCACUCGAGGUGAAUGACCGUCCCUCCCAGGCCUCUACCCAUGGUAACCUGGCUGUAGCCUAUCAGGCGCUGGGCGCUCACGACCAGGCUCUCCAGCACUACCUGCACCACCUGACCAUCGCACGCGAGCUACGAGACACGCAGAGCAUGGCCAGGGCACUAGGUAACCUGGGUAACUUCCACUGCUGUAGAGGGGAGUAUGUCCAGGCAGUUCCAUACUACCAGCAGUACCUGACCCUGUCACCUCAGCUACAGGACCUGGAGGGAGAGGGCAAGGUCUGCCACAACCUGGCCUACACACACUACUGCCUGGGACAGUACAGGGAGGCCGUCAGGUAUUAUGAGCAGGACCUGGCCCUGGCUAAAGACCUGGGUGAUAAGUUGUCCCAGGCUAAAGCCUACUGUAACCUGGGUCUGGCCUACAAAGCCCUGAGGGAAUAUAGCAAGGCUGAGGACUGUCAGAGAUACCUGCUGUCCCUGGCUCAGGCUCUGAACAACACACAGGCGGUGUUCCGUGCCCUGGGGAACUUGGGGGAUGUGUGUGUGUGUCGGGGUGAUAUGGCCGGGGCAGUGAGGUUCUACCAGCAGCAGCUCACCCUGGCUCAGGAGGUGAAAGGUCACAAGAUGGAGGCUGACGCCUACUCAGCGCUAGGCUCCGCCCACAGACUCCUCUGUCAGUACGACCUGGCCCUGUCCUUCCACCAGCAGGAGCUGUCUGCCCGCACUGCUCUAGACGACCAGCGGGGGCAGUGUGGUGCUCUGGGCCGCCUGGCAGCCGUCCACAUGGCCCUGACGGACUACCCCACAGCCUUCCAGUGUUACCAGGCCCAGCUCACCCUGGCACAGGACCUCAGAGAUGCCUGCGUGGAGGCACAGGUCCAGGGCAACAUGGGCAUCGCCAAAAUGAACAUGGGCGUCCUGGAGGAGGCCAUUGGGUAUUUUGAGCAGCAGUUGGCCAUGUUGGAGCAGCUGAGUGGGGCUGAGUGUGUGCUGGACAGAGGCAGGGCCUACGGGAACCUAGCAGACUGUUAUGACUCUCUGGGAGACUUUGAGGAAGCUAUAAAGUACUGUGAGAUGUUUCUGACUGUGGCUCAGAGUCUCAACCAUGUUCAGGACCAGGAGAGAGCCUACAGGGGACUGGGCAACGCACACAGAUCUCUAGGUAGUCUCCAGCAGGCGUUGGUGUGUUUUGAGAAGCGUCUGGUGGUGGCCCAUGAGCUGGGUGGAUUGGGAGGUGGGGAGGGAGGAAGUGGAGGAACGAAGGCCCAGGCCCAGGCAUAUGGGGAGCUGGGAGACCUACACAGCCAGCUGGGGAACUAUGAACAAGCCAUAUCCUGCCUGGAGCAUCAGCUCAACAUCGCCUGCACCGCAGGGGACCGAGCAUUAGAGGGCGAAGCAAGCGGGGCGCUGGGUGGAGUGUACCAGCUGAUGGGAGAGAACGAGACAGCUCUACAGUGGCACCAGAGGGCAUUAGAGAUUGCGGAGGAAACAGGAAGUGUGAGGAGUCAGGGGAGGGCCUACGGGAACCUGGGACUGACCUAUGAGGCGCUGGGAAACUACGAAAGGGCCGUGGCCUGUCAGGAGCAGCACCUGAGUGUGGCGGCACAGAAUAAUGACCUCACAGCCAAGACACUGGCGUACGGCAGCCUGGGGAGGACACACCAUGCACUACAGAACUACACACAGGCUGUCAUGUACCUGCAGGAAGGUCUGCGUUUAGCGGAGCAGUGUGGGAGGCGAGAGGAGGAGGCUAGGAUCCGUCACCGUCUGGGCCUGUCACUGUGGGCCAGCAGCAACCUGGAGGAGGCCCAGCACCAGCUGUACAGAGCGUCUGCCUUGUUUGAGUCAAUUCGUCAUGAAGCCCAACUCAGCUCAGACUACAGACUGACUCUGUUUGACCUGCAGACAUCUUCAUACCAGGCUCUCCAGAGGGUCCUCGUCAGCCUGGGUCAUUAUGAUGAGGCCUUAGCUGUGGCAGAGCGGGGUCGGACCCGGGCGUUCGCUGACCUUCUGGUAGAGCGACAGCAGGGUCACCAACCCCUGACCUCUGAUCCUUAUACCCCGACCCCUGACCCUUACUCCCCGGUAACCGUAGAACACAUCCUGAAUACGGUCAACAGUCAGAAGUCACUGGUGCUGUAUUACUCUCUGGCCGCAGGGUACCUCUACAGCUGGCUACUGGCACCAGGCACAGGUAUAGUGAAGUUCCAUGAGGUGUACCUGGGAGAGGGAGGAUCCGAGCUGCAGGCCUCAGAGAUCCAGGGGGGAGGAGUUAGUGGCUGUCAGACUCUGGACCAGCACAUCACUGCAGCUAGAGAGGCUCUGGGAGUUGACAACUACUACAGCAGCGGUGAGACAGAGAGUGAAGCAGGUGAUCUGUUAGAACAGCAGUUUGAGGAACGACUGACCUCAGCCAGCGACCCUACAGGCUACCUACGCAUGGUGUCCAGAAACAACCUCUUCAACAGGAGUAGUCAGAGUUUGUCCAGUCUGGUCAGUUCUACAGUGUCUCCAGUGAGAGAGACAUCCUCCCCCUCUCUACCCUGUAGGCCCCCACCCAGCCCCCUCGCCAAACACCCCCUACGAGCCCUUCACAACCUGCUCAUUGCACCUAUGGAGGGGGUGCUGAUGCCCAGUAGUGGUGCAGUAGGCAGACACAGACAGUUGUUAUUGGUGUUAGAGGGAGAGCUGUACCUGGUUCCCUUCGCUCUGCUCAAAGGUAGCUCUUCUAAUGAAUACCUGUAUGAGAGGUUCAACCUUCUAGCUGUCCCAUCCUUAGGGAGCCUGGGGCCUGUAGCCAAGUCCUACCCUCGUCGCGGGGCUCCCUUCCUCUACAGCGGCGGGGGUUCCAUGACUGCAGUAGUGGGGGCUCCGCGCCUGCCCUCCAGGGUGAUGGAGCGUUGGCUGUGGGGUCCGCUGCCCUCUGCCCACGACGAGGCCCUCCGCCUGGGGGAACUGCUGGGCUGCCAGCCCCUCACUGGAACACAGGCCACAAAGGAGCGUGUGCUAGCAGCCAUGGGCCAGGCAGAGUGUGUUCACUUUGCUACUCAUGUCUCCUGGAAGCUGGCGGCCCUGGUUCUCUCCCCCAGCCAGGAUCCAGGGAUGGACUCAGGAACACGGCCCAAGGAGAGUGCACCGUGUGGAGGAUCGCUUUCAAGCGAGACUGGGGAUGUGGGAGCAAGGACAGAGCUACGGGAGGAUGGGAGUGAGGAUGGAGGAAGUGUGUGUGACGCAGAGGGUGUGUGUGACAGUCCACCACUUCAGGAGUUUCUGCUCACUGCGGCCGACAUACUGGACCUGAGACUGCCUAUCAAACUGGUGGUGCUGGGGUCGUACCAGGAGUGUGUUAGCAGGGUGACAGCUGACGGGGUGGUGGGUCUGACACGUGCCUUCCUUGCGGCGGGGGUGCAGUGUGUGUGCGUGUCACUGUGGCCCGUUCCAGUGGCAGCCUCCAAGGUGUUCACACACAGCUUCUACACAGCGCUGCUGAAUGGGACCAAGGCCAGCACAGCUCUCACUGAGGCCAUGAAGACUUUACAGAGAAGCACACACUUCUCACACCCUUCUAACUGGGCGGGCUUCAUGCUGAUUGGCUGUGAUGUGAAGCUGAACAGCCCCUCGUCUCUGAUUGGCCAGGCUCUGGCAGAGAUCCUCCAAUACCCUGAGAGGGCUAGAGACUCCCUGAGAGUACUUCUGCACCUGGUUGAGAAGUCUCUCCAGCGUAUACAGAGUGGUCAGACUAAUGCUAUGUACACCUUGCAACAGAGCGUGGAGAAUAAGGUUGGUGGUGUACCGGGAUGGCAGGCCCUGCUGUCAGCCGUGGGGUUCCGGUUAGACUGUCCCGGCACCAGCAGUGGUCUCCCCGCUGCUGUCUUCUUCCCUAUGGCCGACCCUGGAGACCGGCUGCAGCUCUGCAGCACCACUCUGCAGUCACUACUAGGUCUGCCUCAUUCAGCCUUCCAGGCCCUCUGUAAACUGGUCAGUGCUGCUGAGACUGGAGAACAGCUCAUAAACAAGCUCCACCAGGUAUUAGUUCAGCAACAGACAUGUGACAAGGAACAGGAGUUCUCAUUGGCUCCCAUCCAGGUGUCCAUUAGUGUCCAGCUGUGGAGACUUCCUGGUUGUCACGAGUUCCUGGCUGCGCUGGGUUUUGACCUGUGUGAGGCAGGACAGGAGGAGGUGCUAUUGAAGACUGGUAAACAGGCUAGCAGACGGACAAUGCACUUUGCUCUGCAGUCUCUACUGGCACUGUUUGACUCCACAGAGCUCCCCAGACGCCUCAGCCUGGACAGCUCUUCCUCUCUAGAGUCUCUCUCCUCCUCCCAGUGUGCCUCCCUUCCCCUCAACCUCCCCCAGCCUCCCUUCUCCCCCCCGCUUGGCGGCCCAGACAGUCUCUCCUGCGACGCAAUCUCCCUCUACAGCCUCAGCUCCCUCGCCUCCUCUCUCAGCUUCCUGUCCCGCCCUGAACCCGCAGGAAGUGAUGUCAUCAGCCAGCGCUCGCGGCAGCAGGAGCUGCACCGUGGAGGAGUCUCUCACCGACACACAGGAGGCGUGUCAAGAAACAGAUUAACGAAUCACAGAGGAGGAGGAGGAGGGACAGAGGGGGAGGAUGAAUAUGAAGGAUUCUCUAUCAUCAGCAGUGAGCCUCUGGGAGGAGGGGGAGGAGGGGGGAGGGAGUGUGACACCUUGUCCCUCCCUGGGGGACACAGACACAUUAGAGGAGCAGGGAGGGGAGGCGCGGCAGGGAGGGAGUACCCCGUCUCGGUCUCCUCCAAGGGGAGUGUCAGCACUCCCACCUCACCGCUCAAAGUCCCCCUGCCGCCCCUGGCAGUACCCCCCAGCCCGAACACACACGUUAAGUCCCAGGGCUCUCUGAGCUUGUCUAAAGGUCAGGGGGUCAGUACAGAGGCGGUCCUCUCUGAGUCUGACCAGUCCAGUACAGAGACAGACAGCACAGUCAAGUCUCAGGAAGACAAGCCACCCCUCACCCCUCUGGACCCCCAGGAACUGGCCACCAGGAUCCUGGCAGAGACCCAGAGCCACAUGCAGGCUGUGGAGAGCCUCCAGAGGGCGAGGACAGGAAGGGCAGGCAAUGGGGGAGGGGAGAAGGGGCUAAGGGGACCAGAAUGUGGUUUGGGCUUCCGUUCGUCUGAGACUAGCGCUUUCAGCAGACCCACCCUCUCUCACCCCUCUCCACCCCUCUCUCACCCCUCUCCACCCCUCCUCUCCACCAGGCCCAAACCCCCCUCUCGUUGCUCGUCCUUACAGAAGAUCAGCUCCGGCUACAACAGCCCGGCCCUAUCCUCCCUCUCUUCCUCCCUCUCUUUCUCUCACCCCCAGUCCUCACCCUCCAGAACACCAGACCCCCACAUCCAUGCGCAGCUCAGACUUAAAUACCCCAGCUCCCCUUACACCCCCCACAUCUCACACUCCCCCAACAGCAUUUCCAUCUCCCCCAGCUCAGGCCACCCUUCCCCAGUCGGCAGCCUCCCGUCCUUGGCCGCAUCCCCAGCCCUCUCCUACUCCUCUACAGGCUCUACCUCGUCCCGCUCCAGCCCGGCUGAAACCCCUGACCUGGGCCGAUUGAAACAGGCAGGCCUGGUGGACGAUAGGGUCCAGGCCAUCCACAACCUGAAAACCUUCUGGUCCAAUGCUACCCAGAGGCAGGAGGUUCCUGGCCCAGGCAGAGUGCUCCAAGAUGGGGGGAAGAAGAUGAGCAUGGUUCAAAAAGAUGUCCUGGGGCUCCUCCACCUCUCUCCAAGAUAUGGGUCCACCAACCAGAACCAGGACGCUGAAGGGCCCCAGAGCCCCACCAACCCGCUUAACGGACAUCGAAAGCUGGGUUCAAAACGACCAGUGGCGCCUCCUCCUCAGACUGCUACGGACUCCUCCAGGGGAGGUAGUCCCGGAGCACCCCCACACCCUGUCAGACUGCCAUCUGGGAAUGGCUUCAAGUUCCCCUCGCCUGGGAAGUACUUCCCCUCCUCUAAAUGCUGAGAGGGAUUAGAGCAGGGCUCACCAACCCUUUUCCUGGAGAGCUACCCUCCUGUAGGUUUUCAAUCCAACCCCAGCUAUAACUAACUUAAUUCAGCUUAUCAACCAG